ACUCAGUUCUCAUUUCAAUAUCAGACUUGCAAGUGCAAGUGCAAUACGUGCUGAUUUCAAUUAAAAACAAAAUUAAAUAUAUAUUAUAAGAAUUCCUUAAAUUGCAAUCAACAAAAUGAGUGUUCAGGCACUCCAUAAAACAACAACAAUGACUGUGCGAGUUUCGUUUGUGAUAUUGUUUUGUACAUUGCUCCUCGACAACAGUUCAGCAGCUUCCUUUGAACAGGAGGUACUCAAGGCCCACAAUGAAUACAGAGCUCGACACGGUGCAGCUCCCUUGGUGUUAAAUUCCCAACUGUCUCAACUAGCUACUCAAUGGGCGAAGUAUCUGAUGUCCAACAAUCGCAUGGAGCAUCGUCAGAAUAAUAAUUAUGGCGAGAACAUCUAUUGGGCAUCUGGUGGAAAUCUUGGCGGUGCCGAUGCUGUUAGAUCCUGGUACAAUGAAAUCAAACAAUAUAACUGGCGUAGUCCUUCGUUUCAAUCCAACACUGGCCACUUUACCCAAGUCGUUUGGAAGGGUUCCCAGAAAUUAGGCGUGGGAUUUGCAAAACGUGGAGACACCAUAUUUGUAGUGUGCAACUACGAUCCUCCAGGCAAUUACAUGAACCAGUUUCAGAGUAACGUUAGUCCACAAUAAUAAUACUGUGACAGCAACUCUUCCUUCAAGACAUCCCAUUUAAAAUAGUUUUUUAGAGUACUUCAAUAGUAG